GAAUAAUUCGGUUUUGCGUCGUUUGCCGAAAGCCCGGAGGGCGGGGGCUCGGGUCCUGACCUCCUCCGGCAGGGUAGUCGGGGCCACCGCAGAGGAAGCCCGCGUGUGGGCGGCUGUGGACUUCGCCCGUGUGCAGGGCGGCGUCGGGAGCAAGCCCCGCUGAAGAGACCUGUGUGAGAUUCUGAGCAGACCUCCUUUGGAUGGUUCUUCUUGAGCUGAAUUACCCGGGCUGCCAUCCUGUGCACCCUUAACUGAGAGGCCAUCCCAGCCGGGUCAGCAGCACUUACUCCUGAGGAAACAGGCAUCGGAUUAUUGGCUGUACUCUCCUGAAAGUGUUUAUUGCGGGGCGUGUGCUUUGCUCUUUUAUCUUUAAGAUCGCUUUUGUGCCUGCCCUGGGACCCUGUUUUCUGGUUCAGAUUUUUAUGGCUGCUCUGUUCAUGCCUAGUGCAAAUUCUUCUGCGGAUGAAUUCACCCAUAAAUGCCUUCUGCUACAUCAGUGACUUGAGUUCGUUUGCUUAUAAUGUUUUCAUAUUUUUUAUUCCCUCAGAGAUUGAAUCAAGAGACGCUUUGGAUUAAAUGGCCCUUAUUCUCAAGGUGGCGAGCGUUGCCGGAGCUGGGAUCCAAAUGGGCCUGUGGAGGACAUCUUUCUGAAACAGCAUUGGGGCAAGGGGUAGGACCAGUGGUUCCAGUUUCUUCUUUUGAGGUUUGAGGAUACAUUCCUCAAGCUCAUUCCUCAAGCCACAAGCAAGCUUGGAGCUUCAGGGGGCGUUCCUGGGCCUGGAGCGGCUUUGGAAGCUGACUAACUUGCGGCCUGCCCUGUGCCCUCCAGCGCCAGCGCGGGACCUUGCGCCACACUUACACCUCCGCCCGGCCACCAAGCGUGCCUGCUGGCGGCGACCCAUCUGUGGUAGUGUGCCUCGGGCGGGCGCCGGCGAAGCAGGAGUUACAUCCAUGUAGGUCUGUGUCCUCACCAUGUUCUGGAAAUUUGAUCUGAAUACGACGUCACACGUUGACAAGCUGCUAGACAAGGAAGAUGUGACGCUACAAGAGCUAAUGGACGAAGAUGAUCUUCUCCAGGAGUGCAAAGCGCAGAACCGCAAGCUGGUGGACUUCCUGUGUCAGCAGCACUGCUUGGAGGAGCUGGUCAGCCUCGUCACUCAUGAGCCACCCUGGGACAUGGAUGAGAAGGUCCGCUUCAAGUAUCCCAACACGGCCUGCGAGCUGCUGACCUCUGACGUGCCACAGAUCAGUGACCGGCUUGGCGGGGAUGAGGCCUUACUGGACAUCCUCUGCGACUUCCUGCAUCAGGAGCCUCCGCUGAACCCUCUGCUUGCCAGUUUCUUCAGCAAGACCGUGAGCAACCUCGUCGCAAGGAAAGCCGAGCAGAUGAUUUUGUUUCUGAGAAAAAAAGUCAAGUUCAUUGACCUGGUGCUGAAACACAUCGAUGCCUCUGCCAUGAUGGACCUUCUCCUGCGACUCGUCAGCUGCGUGGAGCCAGCCCAGCUGCGGCAGGAAGUGCUGAAUUGGCUGAAUGAAGCGAAGGUCAUUCAGAGACUCGUGGAGCUGAUCUGUCCAAGCCAAGAAGAGGAUAGGCAGUCAAAUGCUUCUCAAGCCUUGUGUGAUCUCAUCCGGCUGAGCAGAGAUCAGAGCAACCAACUCCAGGAGGCGGCUGAGCCUGAUCCGCUCCUUGCAGUGUUGGAGUCGCAGGAGUGUGUGGAACAACUUUUGAAGAACAUGUUUGACGGGGAACAGACUGAAAGUUGCCUUGUGAAUGGCACUCAGGUUUUACUGACGUUGCUUGAGCCAAGGCGUGCUGGAAUGGAGGGGCUCGUGGAUUCUGUCUCUCAAGGGCUUGAAAGGUCUUACGCUGUCAGCAGCAGCAGCAGCAUCUUGACUGGCAUUGAGGCACGGCUGGAGGACUUCCAUCGCCUUUUGCUCAACCCUCCCAAGAGGAGCUCCAUCCUGACUACCGUUGGGGUCUUGGAAGAGCCACUGGGCAAUGCCCGCCUUCAUGGUGCUCGCCUGAUCGCUGCCCUUCUGCAGACUAACUCGGCUGGCAUCAACCAGGAGCUGUGCCGCCUGAACACCGUGGGCUUGUUGCUGGACUUGUUUUUUAAAUACACUUGGAAUAACUUUUUGCACUUCCAAGUGGAAUUGUGUAUAGCCGUUAUUUUGGCUCACUCUACAAAUGAAAGCGAAUCGGCCCCAAAAGCCACGGAGAAUGAGGCGGCACUGGAUGGGAGCGUGGCUUCGGAGGAUUUGGAAGUCCCAGGCAGCAGUCCUGAGAACAUCAUGGUGACACACUUAUUCCAGACAUGCUGCCUGGUUCAAAGGAUCCUGGAUGCCUGGGAGGCAAACGACAAAAUACAGGCAGAUGGUGGGAUGCGGAGAGGCCACAUGGGCCAUCUGACCCGAAUUGCCAAUGCUGUUGUGCAGAAUAUGGAGAAGGGCCCUGGUCAGAUCCAGAUCAGAGAGUUCAUUAGAGGGCUUCCUGAGGAUUGCAGAGGGCGGUGGGAGAGCUUUGUGGGGGAGACUCUGACAGAGGCUAAUCGGCGGAACACGGUGGACUUGUUCUCCUUCCAGGUGAGCACCCACCACUUGCAUCCUUCCAGCGAGGAUGAGGAUAUUGAGGCAGCCUUCCCCAACGAGCUCUCUCUUCAGCAGGCAUUCUCGGAGUACCAGAUUCAGCAGAUGACGGCCAACUUUGUGGAUCAGUUCGGCUUCAGUGACGAAGAGUUCGCUGACCAGGAUGACAAUAUCAAUGCACCAUUUGACAGGAUUGCGGAGAUCAGCUUCAAUAUCAGUGCAGAUGAUGACAGGCCCAGUGCCUCUCUGUUUGAAGCUUGCAACAGUGAACGAAUCCAGCAGUUCGAUGAUAAUGAAGAGGAGGAGGAAGAUAUUUGGGAGGAGAAAGAAAUAACCUAUACAACCCAGGUCAAGUCCAGGACACGGUUUGGAGUGUCUCAUGCCUCUGAGGGCUCUUCAGAAAGUGACUUACGGAAUGGCGAUCAUGGUGACCGUGGGGACUGGGAAGGAGGAGGGGAGGAGACAGGAGGAGAGGAGACAGGCCAGGCAUCUUUCUCGACUGCGGUCAGCACUGAGGACAACUGCAGCCUCUUUGAGCAGAAGAGCUCGGACUUCUCUUCUGAAGUAUCUGAGUGGACAGCUGUGUUUGAACCUGUAAGUGUCAAGCCUCCAGGAUCGUGCGUGGCCAUGGAUGUAGGAUCCAGUGCGUGGGGUUCAGCAGCCCCCGAUGUUAAGACUUCGGAGGAGAGGGGCUGGGCCACAUUUGCGGACUUCCAACCAUUCUGUUGCUCCGAGGCAGGCCCCAGGUGCAGUUCUCCUGUGGACACAGAGAGCAGCGAUUCGGAAGGAAACCCCAAGCAGAGCCAAGACAAGAACUUUAGUGCUGCCUCUCCUUGUGUUUGGAACAUCUGCGUGGCAAGGAAGGCACCUCUGGUAGCCUCGGACAGCAGCUCCUUUGGCGGCCCAGACAGCGAGGAAGAGGAAGAGAAAGAGAAAGAUGUUGUCACAGAAACGUUCAGCACAGGUUCAGGCCAGGAAAAAAUCCAACUGACCAUGGAUACUAAGAAUGAGAAGGCUGUUUACACCAGGAAAGGGGAGCUCCCGCCAGGAUCAGAGGCCGCCCUGAACGGUCCGGUGUGACCCAAGUGGCCAGAGUCGGCUGCCCUGAAGCUGGUCCAGCAGCUGCCUGGGAUGAGGCCCGAGGCCCGUUUCUGACACAGAACUUCCUUUUCGUGGUGGAUGCUGCCUUGGGGAGGGAGCCGUGAUGCUAAUUCUGCACCUGCCGCUCUGCUCUGAAGGACCUCCAGGGCCAGUGUGCAGCAGCGGUCGGCUGUGCUGCUUCCCCCUGCCUCCGAAAGGAGCCCCCAGUCCCUCCUGCAGAGCAACUCCUCUUCGGUUCUGCUCUUUGAGGGGUAGUCCGGCGUCAUGGCUUCUUUUUGGAGAACAGUGCCCAGUGCCCAUGAUGGGGCGUUCCAAGCGGACAGCACCUGACACCCUUUUGUACAGCAAUAACGCCUUGUGAAACAUUCUCUCUUGGGCUGAGGCAGAAGGGAGAGGGGUGGGGAGGGUUUCCCCAGCAAGGGACUGAAGGGUUAGGGUCCUCUUGCCCCGCUGCCUUUGUUUGUGGAGUGUUGUUUGUGGGGGUCUGCCCUGAGCACAACAUCCUGCCUUCAAGAAAUGGCUCCCUUCCUCCCAGAGCCAUUGGGUGGCACUUCUGCGAUGGCAUUCCUGGUGUUGGGCUUUGGAGGGUGGAAAGGAGAGAGGAGAGUGGCCACUCCACAAGACGACUGCGGGGGUGGCCAGGUGCCUAGGGUAUGGGAACGGGCUUCUGGAGAUGGGUCUCUUUGGAUUCUUUUGGCUUAUUUUGUUUCGUGGCGUUUGUGAUGGAUGCAGCAACUGCAACACUUUGCACUUUGUAUCUGAUCCUGCCUGGGUUCUGGAGGGAACGGUGCCAUAGAAAAUCCCUGCCAAAAGGACUCUUGAGAACCGGAGGCGCCCCUCGACAGGCUGGAACUGGCAGCUGUUGACCCCUCUUGCCACCCUGGGCGGGCCCUUCCUCAGCAGGACGCUCUGCCUCCAGGCGACGCUGCAGGAGGCUGGGGUUCCAUUGGCUGGCCUGUUCAGGAGCUGACGGAGGCCGCCCUUUUUUUGCAGAGCCCCAUGGAGGCCGACUGAUUGCCAGCGGCAGAACUAAGCUGGCCUUGGGGAAGGAAGCUGGGUUGGUUUCAGAGGGAGGGCUGCGGAAGCGAAGGCAGCUAAGAAGUGCGGCCUGCCUGCACCCCUGCCCACCCGUCUUCUGCCCUCCCUCGUCUUAGGAAUGCCUCCUUAAAUUGUAUGAUUACGGUACCUUUCACUCUACAGAUUCUGUGUGUCAAGUGAGGCUGUGCGGGCCUGAGAACGGCGGCUGAGGCUGACAGCGGCAGGUGUUCUCUGACCUGCUUCUGGAGUCGUUUGCCAGUCCAACUGGGUGGUCCCCUUCAGGACAAGGCAGCGAGAGCAGAAGAGUGCCUCGGUGUUCUGGAAGAGCUGGGCAGGGAGAGGAAAGGGAGGGAGGGCUCUAGGGCCCCUUGCUGCCCAUGCCGAGGAUGCAGGAUGGCCUUCCUGUGCUGGGGGGGCGGGGGGGGAAGCAUUUUCCUGAUUUCAUGGUGGGGUCAAAUUAAAACUGAGUUAAAACGUGUAAUCUUGUUGAGAGUUUUCAACAAAACUUAUUAAAAGUAAGCGUUUAUUAUAUACUCAAGAACGAGCUUCUAGCAGGUCCUGGUGUCAGUUACAUUAAACAUUAGUAGAUUUGCGGCAAAGGCUCCUCCCUUGAGCUGUGUUUGUUGGAGUUGGGGCCUGGUUACUUAGCCCUUCUCAGUUACUUGGAAGUUUAGGAUUUCAGUUUCUCUGUUCCUGGGCUAUGCAGGAGGGCAGAUUUCAGCACCAGGCAGGGUAAACAGUGAGCUCUGCUGAAGUUAAAGGGUCUUCACUUGCACGGAGCGAUUUCCCCCCCUUCUGUGGUAGGGGGUCUAGCUUCUUGGACUCCCUGACCUAUUUUCCACAA